AUGGCGUGGAGGCGAAAGGUGGCGGUGUUAUACGUUUCCAUUACCAUUGCGAAGACUGCCAUCGCCGUUCCCACCAUCGCUUUUCCGUUCAACUCGCAGGUUCCACUUGUUGCCAGGGUCAACGAGCCGUAUCGCUUCGAAUUCUCCGAAUCGACAUUCGCUCCUAAUCCAGAGAACUAUACCUACAGCAUUUCGGAGCAAGCUGCAUGGCUAAGCAUGGACAGCACGACGCGGACGCUUUCCGGAACACCAAAAGAGAGCGACGCCGGCGCGAGUAUCUUCACCUUGAGCGCUACCGAUGGCACUGGGGCUGCCCACAUGCAGUGUACACUCAUCGUAUCUACUGAUCCAGCACCGCUACUUGAAGGCGACAUCAGCGAACAGCUUGCUGCGACUGUGAAUCUAUCAAGCAGUGAACCGCCGAUUGUGACCCUCCUGCCGUCUAGCAGAUUUCACUUCGCCUUCAGGCAGGACUCCUUCAUUGACAUGGUGCAGCGUAGACUGUAUUACUACGCGACACUGACGGAUCACACGCCGCUUCCGUCAUGGCUGCUUUUUGAUGACUCGAAUCUUACCUUCUCUGGCACAGCACCUAUGCUCAGCGCCUUUCCUCAGGCGUGGAGUGUCAGCUUGGUGGCAUCGGACGUUAUUGGUUUCGCAGGAGCGACUGCGACGUUCGCACUCGCAAUAAAUACGGAGCAACUAAGCUUCGAACCACCGGAGCAGAACCUGAGUAUCUCAAGUGGACAGCAGCUUGACUUCAUCUUGUUACAGAACCAGCUCUUCCGUAAUGGCGCUCCUGUUCGGACGAGCAAUCUGUCGAAGGCCGAAGCUUCCCCCGUCCCAGCCUGGCUGAGCUUUGACCCUGCGACGUUUGGUUUGAGUGGGCAUGUGCCAGCCAACGCAAGCAAUACGACUGUAUCUGUCACUGCGACAGACGAGCUGGGCGAUACAGCGACCGCAGUCGUGAACCUCGUAAGCGGUGAUGCUUCGCUCUUUGCUGGCACAAUUGGCACGCUCACCGCAUACGCCGGACAAGCUUUCGACUACCAUUUCCCAAGCACGCUUUUCAGCCAGUCAGACGUGGAGUUCUCUGUCAUUUUUCCACCGAGUGCCACCUGGCUGCAUUACAACGCUACGUCUCGGGAGCUACAAGGUGAUGCGCCCUCGCAGCCCAGUCCAACUUCUGUCUCGGCGUGCAUCGUAGCGACAGCCCCCAACUCACGUACUCAACAGACGCAAGACUUCGGGAUAAACGUGCUUGCAACCGCGGGUGCGACCGCAACGGUCUCGCCGACAUCCACGAGAGUUGUCAAUGGAGAUGUAGAAAAGCACGCACAAGCGGAAGCAUCAGAGCAGAUGACACGAAGUGCCGAUGCGCCACCCCAAAUAGCACUUGAUCUCCCAUCGAGGACCAACAGCAAGCGCUCAAGGUGGCUAAAGAGGUUCUCCCGAUUCAGCCACGCAUCAUGGCGAGAGUCUCUAGGCGUAUGUCACAAACGUUGCCCACCAAGCAAUAGAAAGAGCAUACGCCUCGUUGGACAAAGUGACAGCAUUGCAGACAACCGCUCUGUUGCGGAAAAGCGCCAAUCCUUCAUACGCAACAGAGCCAGCACAAGCAUCGAGAGUCCACUUUUUGCGCAUGGAACACGAGCUUGUUCGAACCCACGUGAAAAGGGGAAUGCUUCGACCGCGGCGUCGGCGGCGGGUAGCGUACGACGUGCGCGACGUGGACGCAGCACGCUCAAGUCAUAUUCAGAGUCGUCAUCUUUGGAACCGCAAACAGAGAGGGAGUCGCGGCAACUCAGUACGCGGGUGAGGUCUGCAUUCGCCCCAAACUUUCCACGAGCCAUUACACAGUCAACGAUGGAGGCAGACGAGCAGGAAGACUCGAGCUCGGGCUUUGAGACGGUCACAACGUCAACAACAAGUGGCGACGACUGGAGGGCCCAAUUGGCUCUCCCUAGACAUCAGCGAAGCUGGGUGGUACCCGGAGAAGCGUCGCCAACACCUCCUCCUGCACCGGCUAGUUCACGGCAGCGGUCAAGUACGCGACGAACUACGCCAUCCACUGGGCAUGAAGUUCUGCGGAACGUGCACCGCCAGCCUGAACAGAGAGUUAGUGACCUCGGGCUCACUGCAAAACCUGAGUCGGACCACAGCACAGGGAAAGCGCCUACUACAUUGAAAGCACGACCUAACCGCUUAAGCGAGCCUGCGGGCUUGCUGAGCAACGACAGCGUCAUACGCACGAAGAUCGAACGACCCAAGCUGGUCCAGACGAAUUCCAAACGGCCGGUCAGCGUUGAGCAAGCGAGAAGACUCAGCAGUUUUCAAGCUGUCAACCAAGAGCCAGACGCCCAAGCAGGCGGCGAGAUGUGGGAGGACAUCCAACCAGAGACGCAGAUGGAAGGCAGCGGUCUCGUGCUAUCAGCUCCGCCAGGAGGUGUUGGUGGUACCCAAAGGUCAGACAGAAGCGGGCCUGCGUUCCUCUGA